CUGACAGACGUGAGAAAUCAUUAUGCCUGAAAAUGAGUUUGAAAUCAUUGAAGGGGAACUGAUCAAUUCCCCCACUACAACAUACGAGGCACAGAAAUUCCUGGGCUGUGGAACCAACGGACUGGUCAUCCAAUGCAGGGAUGUGAGAACCAAUGACACGGUGGCAAUAAAAAUGUUUAAAAGGAAGACAGACAUUGAGUUUGCGAAGGAAGAGGAGGAAAUCUUAAGAGCCUUGGAGGACCUCCACUCAGAAUGGUUCAACGUUGUCAGAUUGAACAGCUCAUUCACCUACAAGAGCCAUUAUUGUCUAGUGUUUGAGCUCCUAGACAUGGAUCUGCUGAAAUUCAUGAAGAUCAAUCCGGGUAAACGCCUUCAGCUGAAGGAAAUCCGCCCCAUUCUGCAGCAGCUGGCUACAUCAUUGGACUUUCUGAAAAGCGCAGGGGUCGUCCAUUCAGAUUUAAAGCCUGAAAAUAUUAUGAUGGUGGAUCAUGUCAGGCAGCCACUGAAGGUUCAAGUCAUUGACUUUGGCUUAGCCUGCAACAAUCCUGAGGAAAAGAUAGGACACACCCUCCAGACCUUGUAUUACAGAUCUCCUGAGAUUCUGCAAUGUGCACCUUUCGACGAGGCCAUCGACGUUUGGUCGCUAGGCUGCAUUGCUGCAGAAUUGCUUAUGGGCAUGCCACUGUUCCCUGCCCAGGAUGAGGACAGCUUGAUGAGGCUAAUUAGGUUAAGAAAGGAUCUGCAUGAGAGAUACCUCACUCCAUACUGGUUCUGGCCAAUACACUUGAUGGAAAGCAGAUUUAUGCAGAUUAAUCAGUCCUCGGGAGAAGACGCCAAAGCUGAACACUGUGACCUGGAGAGCUUUAACGAUCUACUGGCACAGAUGCUUAUGACGAAUCAGUUCGAAAGAAUUGACCCAAGACUAAUUCUGCAGCAUCCAUUCAUGUCGAUGAGCCACCUUAAGGGACGGUUCAAAAACAGCCUCUAUACAAAAUCGUCUGAGGGUCUGAUGGACAUCUGCGAGGAACAGAGCUAUGGCGAUGGAGCACAUAUAGACCACACGGUCCUGCAAAUGUCCCCGAAGGAGGACUCCUUAAGCAGCCCAGCCAUGGAGGGCAGCCCUGCUGGGAUGGGAGGGGAGAAGCAUUCCUAUUCCUUCUUGCAGAACUUCAUCAGCAGUCGGAAAAAAGAAGAAAUUAACGCAAAACUGAAAGCCGGGCAAAAGACCAGUCAACUCCAAUCCCAGAUAAAAGGGCCCAAGUGGGAAAACGGGUCCACCACAGUCCCCAAGAAGAAGAAGAAGAGGGACGACCCGACAUCCUAUUGCAACCCCGCAAAAAAGAGAAAGAUGACCUUCAAAAAGAGCUGA